AUGGUAUUAUUUGCAAUUCUUUGUAGAGUCUCAGAUGGAUUAAUUUUAUCAGAAUCAAUGGAUACAUUAAAUCCUACUUUUGAUAAAUACAGAUUACAAGCAAAAGUAAUCUUUGGUAAAUUAUCCAGGGUAUCUGAUAAAGCUGUAACCAUUGAUGUCAACGAUAAAUAUUAUUUUGCCUAUAUUAUUGAACAUGAAAUUUGUUAUUUAUCAUUCUGCGAAAAAUCAUACUCCAAAAAACUAACAUUUAAAUUUUUAGACGAAUUAGCAAAAGAAUUUUACAAUACCUAUGGUUUUGAAGUACCAACUGCCAAAAGACCUUACCAAUUUAUUGCAUUUGAAUCAUUUAUAACCAAAACUAAAAAACAAUAUCAAGAUACAAGAACUCAAAAAAAUCUUUCAAAUAUCUCAACAGAAUUAGAAGAGGUUAGAAAUAUUAUGACAAAGAAUAUUAAAGAUAUUGUUGGAAGAGGUGAAAAAUUAAGCGAUAUUAAUCAAAAAUCAGAAUUACUUUUAGCAGAUUCAGUAAAAUAUGAAAAACAAACUGUAGCAUUAAGUUCAAAAUUAUUCUUUAAAAAAUAUGGUCCAAUUCUUAUUAUAGCAAACAGUGUAAAAGAAGUAAAUGAUUUCAUUAUAAGAUAUUUUGAUGACAAUCCUCACUAUUCAAGAAUUCUAUCAUUUCAUGUUAUUGCAGGUGGUGCAUCCCAUUUAGGAUAUCAUUUAAGAUUAUUAAAUGAAAAUAGAAAAUAUCAUUAUUUAUUAAAUUGUAUAAAAGGUGUUGUUAUAGAUAGCGGUCCAUUUUCAAAUGCAAAAACAAUUUCAAAAAUAUUUAAAAAGGAUUUACUCAAUUCAGGAAACUUUGCCCAAUAUCUAUUAUCUUUAUUUUUACCAAUUUUUAUACCAGUAUGGAUGUAUUAUGAAAAAUAUGACUACCCUUAUUUAAUAUCAUGUAAUCAAAUCAUUUAUAAAGACUUUAAAGCAAAGAGGAAACCAAUUUAA